AUAAUGAUCCUUUCAUGGAGGACGAUGAUGACAAGACCUUGGUCGGUACUCCGCCAGGUACCUGCUGCCCAAAUUCACCUGCCUUCGGUCCCAUGUCAAACUCCUUUGACACUCCCGUUGGCUCUCCCACUCCUGGCAGCUCUCCAUCGCUCUAUAUCAAACCCGCUCUUAAGAAGCCGGUUGAACAUGACCCCUUGAAGGAUCUCAUUUCCUACGCCUGUGAAAUGAUGUUGGCGAACCCCGAUAAUCCAAACGGACAGAAGAUUAGAAGGCGUACCACCUCUCAUCCGAUGGAACCUAAGCAAAAGAAAAAGUCCAUCAGAUUUUCUCGUAACUUGGAGCAAGUUCACUACACUCCCACACAUUAUACAAUACAACCGCCUCCUCCCCCUACGCGGCGAAGGAUGAGUAACCCGUUCUUCAUGAAAACGGAUGAGGACGGCGUGGCCGAAGGUUACGACCAAAUGUUUGCCAGAGCCAAGGAAUCCAAGAAUUCCGGAAAAUUUAGCUUGCCAUACACCAAAGAUGGUUCUUGGAUUGGUGGAAGUCCUCAUGAUGACGAGGAUGACGAAUUUGUGAUGCCACCUCUUCCCCAAUUGGUUAGGUCAUCGCCGAGACAUAUUCCACGUGGGAUGCCACAACGCAGAUCAAGUGCCAUGCCUGCGGCUUAUACUGUUGCCGCUGCCCGAAGAUUGGUGUCACCUCCGGCCCCGGUCAUUGGUGCGCCACGCAGCGCCAUUGAGGUCAAACAUGUAACCAAUAAGAGAGUCGAUCAUGAAACAGGGGAUUCAGGAGUUGUGGAACGAUGUGUGAAUAUUGCAUCCAAUGUAAAAGAUGUUGUGAGUUGGUGUGGUUCCAUGCUAUGGAAUACCACCGUUUUCUAA